AUGGGAUCAUUAUGCGUUUCGGCAGAUAAUUACGGCGAUAUGGUGCCAAAGACAAUUAUGGGCCAACUCAUUGGAGGCACCUGCGCACUCUCUGGAGUCUUGGUGAUUGCUCUUCCUGUGCCCUUCAUUGUGUCCAACUUCUCUCGCAUCUACCACCAGGGCCAGAGAGCUGACAAACGUAGAGCUCAAAUGAAUGAGAAUUUGAAGCAACUCUACAGUGACGAAGUUGAAGACUUGAAGAAUGGAAUUCGAUUGAAUGCCGACGUUCUUUCUUACUUGAAAAGUGUCACCAAAUUGGAAGGUCCACUUACUGUGAGUGAUUGA